AUGGAAAUUUUUGGGAAGUUGGAAAUUAAUCUGCCGUUUCUCCAAGCUUUAAAGCUGCCCAUCUUCAGCAAGUUUAUCAAAGAGUUUAUCACCAGGAAAACUAAACCCAACGACAAAAUAGUGAUUGGAGAAACCGUAUCGGCAGUGAUUCAGAAGAGAAGAAUGCCCUCCAAGCGUACUGAUCCAGGUAUGUUCACUCUCCCCGUUUCGAUUGGGAACAUUAAAGUCGAGCAUGCUAUGUGUGACCUAGGUGCAUCAAUAAAUGUUUUACUGCUUUCCCUUUAUAAGAAACUGGAAGGAGUGAGAAUGGUUGAUACGAAGGUGGUAAUUCAAUUAGCUGAUAGGUCGUGCAUCAGUCCUGAGGGAUUAAUCACCAAGGAGGCGAAGAAGAAUCCACUACCUCAGGAGACAAGUUCAACAAAGAAGGAACUGAAGACAUUGCCCCUAGGCCUAAGGUAUGCUUAUUUGGAGGAGAACGAGAUGUUCCCGGUGAUCAUUAACAGCAACCUAAGCGGGGAGCAAGAAACGGAAUUACUGGAAGUACUUAGGAGGAACAAGAAAGCCAUAGGAUGGACUCUGUCAGACCUGGUGAGAAUCAGUCCUGACCUCUGCAUGCACCAUAUUCGCUUGGAGGAAGGAGCAAAACCCCACCGAGACCCACAGAGAAAGUUGAACCCGAAUAUGAGAGAAGAGGUCUUGAAGGAGGUGCUCAAGCUGUUGUCAUUGGGUAUCAUAUACUCAAUUCUCGACAGUAAGUGGGUAAGCCCAGUCCAUAUGGUACCAAAGAAGUUGGGGAUCCAAGUGGUGACAAAUGAGAAAAAUGAGUUGGUACCCACAAAGUUAGUAACCGGUUGGCGGAUGUGCAUCGAUAAUCUGAAACUGAGCGACGCCACGCGGAAGGACCAUUUCCCGUUGCCAUUUAUAGACCAUAUGUUGGAGAGAUUGGCAUGCAAGAAGUUUUUCUAUUUUCUGGACGGAUACAACGGAUACUUCCAGAUUUACGUCAAUCAAGAAGAUCAGAAAAAGACGAUCUUCACGUGCCCUUUUGGGACGUAUGCAUAUAGAAGGAUGCCCUUUGGCUUGUACCUGCUGGAAGAAUGUAUCAAAAUCUUUAUGGAUGACUUCAUUGUCUAUGGGAAUUCCUUCGAGACUUGUCUCACCAACUUGGAUCUGGAAGGAAUUGUUAUGGGCCACAUUGUCUCGGAAAAGGGUAUUCAGGUGGAUAAAGCAAAGGUAGACGUGAUCUCGAGGCUUCCUUAUCCUACAAGUCAAAAGGAAAUAAGAGGAUUUCUGGGCCACUCAUGA